AUGCGCUCAAUAAUCUACGCUCUCUCGCUUGCGAGCGCCGCAGCCGCUCAGAUGGUUGUAAACGGUGUGUCCAUGGUCCCCGCCAGCGCGGUAUGGGCUUCGGCGUAUGCAUCACCCUCGAACACGGGUUCGAGUGCUGUCUCCGCACCCCCUUCUCAAAUCACUACACCUCCAUCUGCAUCGACAAUGCCCUAUUCCUCGUUUACGGCUGGUGGUUAUAAAAGUUUGGCGUGUGGAUAUGGAUAUUCGAAGGCCAGCGAUGGUUCAUGUCAGUCGGAGUCUUGGUGGCAAACACAAGGAUGCUACGAGACCAUCAUUAUCAACAAUGAAGGGGGGUACGGAAGUUAUGGCUACGGGAGCUCCUGCGGUGAUGGUUACACUGUGACAGCAACUGCUACUGCGACUGUUACCCAGACUAAGACGGAGACCGCGACUAUUCCCACCACUGUUACUGUGUACCAGACCGUCACUCAGGUGAAGACCGACGUCGAAUCUGUGACCACGACAGAUUUCGUGACAUCCACUAAACUGGUCCCCACAACGCGCGUCUAUAUCUCGACGGACGUCGUCAACCAGACGAAGACGGUGGAACAAACUUUGACUGCUAUAGAGACAAGCACUCAGGUCAACGUGUACACAAAGACUGAUUUCCAGACUCAGACGGCCACAGCUACGAAGACGGAGCAGGAGACAUUGACUGAUGUUAUUACUGCUACUGAGAUCAGCACGCUUGUUGUGCCCACGACACGCACUCAACUUAGUGUGAGCACUCAGGUUAUUGACAACACCAAGACUGUGGAAUUGACCCAGACUGCUACUCUCACCGAUAACAUUACGGUCGUCCAAACGGCUACACGUACGGAGGUGUUGACUGACAUGGUGACCAUCACUAAAGUCAGCACGCUCAUUGAGCCGACGACAUUCACUUCCGUGUUCGUCAGCACCAAGGUGAUCGACGAAACGAGUACCGUGGAGAACACCAUUGUCUCGACAGUGGUGGAGAACAGGACAUCUGUCCAGACUCAGACAGUGGUAUCUACAGCAACUGCAACGGCCACAGAGACAGCGACCAAGACAGACACAGCGACUGCUACUCAGACGGACGUGAUAACUGACAGGGUCACCGUUACGCAGGUCAGUACAAUCGUCAAACCUACGACUUUCACAUCUGUUUGGGUCAGCACCGAGAUCGUGGACGAGACGAGUACUGUCGAGAACACUAUUGUCUCGACGGUGGUGGAGAACAGGACAUCCGUGCAGACGCAGACUGUGGUGUCUACUGCCACUGCUACCGCCACGAAAACAGCGACUGCGACUCAGACCGACGUCUUGACGGAGAUGGUGACAGUUACCCGAGUUAGCACGCUCGUGGAGCCUACGACGUUCAUUUCGGUCUUCGUGAGUACGCAAGUCGUGGACGAGACCAGUACCGUUGAGAACACCGUUACAGCAACGGUAGUGCAAAAUAAGACUUCCGUGUUAACUCAGACGGCCGUGUCCACCGCUUUCGCGACCGCUACCAAGGUUGAGACACUGACUGCUACCGCCACUAAAACCGACUUCAUCACCGACAUGGUCACUGUCACGCACUUGAGUACUGUGGUGCAGCCUACGACGUUCAUGUCGGUCUUCGUUAGCACUGAAACGGUGGAUGAUACCAGCACUCUUCUUAAAACGUUGGUUUCGACUGUAGUGAAAAAUAUGACUUCCGUGCAAACACGGACGUUCGUGUCCACCGCGACUGUAACCGAUGUCGUAACUCAGACUGCGACCCAAACGGCUAACGAUGGAGCAUUAGCGACCUGCCUUAGCAAGUGUAAGAGCUUCUGGUCACUGACCUCCGGCAAUAGCAACAGUUACAACACCUACUUGUCGGCCCCGACUGCGAGCCAGCAACCGUCCAGAGCUGCGACAUCGUGGCAUAGCGUGCCCACUUCAUCGUGGUACAGUCUGCCGACAGCCUCUUCUCCUCAUACCUGGGGUAGCGGUUCGAAGGCAAGUGCCAUCGCCUCCUCGUCUAGCAAGUCAUCUGGCGGCAGCUGGUAG